CGAGCACCUCUGGCCAUUUGACUCUGUUUCCGCAAAUUGAGAGAGAGAGAGAAAGAAAGAUCAUAUUAGGGUUUUAGUUCAAAGGAAUCACCUGGAAAGGAAAGAAGGAAUUGACGACUUAAAGAUCAAUUGAAUCUUAGAGCAAGAAAUAAUGGGCAGAGUGUUCCUGGUACAGAUCGAAGGCAAAUCUUACAGAUGCAAAUGCUGUAGCAGUCCUCUUGCCGUGGCUGAUGACAUUCUUUCUCGGCAGACAUUCAGCUGCGGCCAUGGGACAGCUUAUCUUUUCAACAAUGCUGUGAAUGUAACAGUUGGGCCUGGAGAAGAGAGGGUGAUGCUUUCUGGAACUCAUACUGUUGCAGAUAUAUAUUGCUGUAACUGUGGACAGAUUCUUGGUUGGAAAUAUAUGAAAGCACAGGAUAAAUCGCAGAAAUACAAAGAAGGGAAAUUCGUCCUUGAAAGAUGGAGGAUAUCUGAAGGAGAUGGAAGUAACAGCAAUAACAACAACAACAACAACUUGGAUCUGGAAUCAUACCCGAACAACAUAAGCAGCGAUGAAGAUGCUCACUAGUACAUCUGUCCGUCUUCAUUCUUGUAAGUAGUAGUAGUCGCAGCAUACAUACAUACAACUAUAUAUAUAUAUAAGAUGAAUUCAGAGUUGGGUUUGAAAGUUUUUUGUAGACACAUCUAGUGAAGAUGAGUGUGUGUGUGUGUGUUUAUGUGAAUUGAAGAACAUCAAGUAUGUUUCUGAUCCCUUUUUUGUUUGCUGAGACUCGUGCAAACUUUCUUAUGUAAA